GGAGAGUCCCUGACACUUGUUGUCAGUUCUCGCAGUUAGUUGUACAUCUUCUGACUUCUGUGUGUGUUCCAGAAACAACAACCUUUGUUCUGUGUCUUUGAAAACAUUACCUCAAGUUGUGUUUACGCAGAACAUCCUGGCCGUGGUUCAAGAGGGCUGCGAAACUCACAAUCAACAUGAAUCUGCCAAAGGUAAUGGGGACAGAGUUCCUGUCAGGAAUACCGACUGCUGGUGAUUAUUUUACCAGACAGUUUGGGAGUUAUUUACUAAAGUGAAUUUUAAAUUCAAGGCAAAAACAGCCAAACUGGAAACAUUCUCUAAGUUACUUCUGCUCUCAGUUUGGCUACUUUGGUCUUAAAUUUGAAAUACACUUUAAAAAUCACUUUGAAUUCUUACUUCAGUGAAAAACUUUAGUAUUCUAUUCUAUUAUAUUCUAUUCUAUUCUGUGCAGGGUGAAUGACCAGUCUCUGGCAGAUUAAUACUGCAUUGCAAGCUUACUCCCUCCUGCUCUUCACUGGUCUGGUGCUAUUUGAACUUAGAAAGUUAAAGAUUUUCCUACUAGUGUGUCAUAGGUAAAAUCACUGCUUCAAAAAAGGUAAUUUAAUAAAGAAUAUCCUUUAAGUCCUUAAGAUCCUUUUUUAUUUCAGUUUAAAUGUUAAUUCCCAAAACUCUGAGGAUCUGAUUAGUGGGUGUUUCAGCGCUGUAAGGUGACUUUAUAGAGAGGGUUAUCAAAGGGUUAAUAAUUUAGAAAGCCUUUUGGCCAGCUAAAACGUGAAGAGUAUACAGUGAUAUCAUUCCUUUAUCCAAUUCAUAUCAUACACUUACCUAGUACUUAGCUUCAUGAAUUGAACAAAAUACAUAUUUUAAAAUAAUUUUUUUGGAGGUCAUUUGUGUAAUUGUAUACAUUGUGACAGCAUGACAAAUAAUAAAAGUGUGUAGACUAAUGUGAUAUACAGAUGUAACUACUAUUCUUAAUGUAUGACCUGUACUGAAAGGAGUCCUGUGUUAUAUAUACACACAAUGUAACUAGUGCACCCAUUGUGCCUCAGUCAGCUGUGUAACAUGUGCUAAGUACACCCGUUAACGCUAUAUAAAUAAAAUAUACAUACACUGUAUAACUGCAGCACUUACUGUACCUCUCUCUACAGUGGUAUAACGUGUAAAGUGCUAAGUACACCUGUUAACGCUAUAUAAAUAAAAUAUACAUACACUGUAAAAAUGCAGCACUUACUGUACCUCUCUCUACACUGGUAUAACGUGUAAAGUGCUAAGUACACCCGUUAACGCUAUAUAAAUAAAAUAUACAUACACUGUAAAAAUGCAGCACUUACUGUACCUCUCUCUACAUUGGUAUAAGUGUAAAGUGCUAAGUACACCUGUUAACGCUAUAUAAAUAAAAUAUACAUACACUGUAAAAAUGCAGCACUUACUGUACCUCUCUCUACACUGGUAUAACGUGUAAAGUGCUAAGUACACCCGUUAACGCUAUAUAAAUAAAAUAUACAUACACUGUAUAACUGCAGCACUUACUGUACCUCUCUCUACACUGGUAUAACGUGUAAAGUGCUAAGUACACCCGUUAACGCUAUAUAAAUAAAAUAUACAUACACUGUAUAACUACUGCAUUUACUGUACCCCAUCUAGUAUAUUGUAACACGUAACGUGCUAACUACACCUGUUAACACUAUAUAAAUUAAAUAUAUAGUAAUAUAGAUACUGUACUUACUGUACCCCCACCCCGUAAUGUAAACUAUAAAGUGCUAAGCACUCCUGUUAACACUAUAUACAUAAAAUAUACAUACACUGAAUAACUACUGUGCUUGCUGUAUCUCCCCUGUACUAUCUUGUAACACGUAAAAUGUACAUCUGUUAAUGCUAAGUAAAUAAAAUAUACAUAUACUAUACUGUAUAACUACUGCUUUAAUAGAACCUCCCGUUACUGUUGUGUGACCUGUAAAGUGAUGUGUACAAUAAUGAUAUAUGAAUGAUAGACAGAUAGACAGUCAGACAGAUAGACAGUCAGACAGAUAGACAGUCAGACAGGCAGAUAGACAGUCAGACAGAUUGACAGGCAGACAGACAGGCAGACAGUCAGACAGAUAGACAGGCAGAUAGUCAGACAGAUUGACAGGCAGUCAGACAGACAGACAGACUGACAGGCAGACAGAUUGACAGGCAGUCAGACAGACAGAUUGACAGGCAGUCAGACAGACAGACUGUCAGGCAGACAUGCAGACAGAUUGACAGGCAGUCAGACAGAUUGACAGGCAGUCAGACAGACAGACUGACAUGCAGACAGUCAGACAGAUUGACAGGCAGUCAGACAGAUAGACAGACAGAUUAACAGGCAGUCAGACAGAUAGAUAGACAUGCAGACAGUCAGACAGAUUGACAGUACAAUAAAGUUCCCUGUCUAGUUUAUGUCAUACACCAUUACUUACUUUUAAGCAUCUUAAAAUGUAAAAAAAAGUUUAAACAUCCAUCUAACGUCAGCAAAGAAGCCUGUGAUUGGACUGUUUUGCUGGCUCAGAAUGCAUUCAUGCUCUCUGAACUGGCAGUUAGGGGGUUAAAGGAGUGGGUAGAGUAAGGGAGAGCUUUAAAGGACCACUAUAGUGCCAGGAAAACAUACUCGUUUUCCUGGCACUAUAGUGCCCUGAAGGUGCCCCCACCCUCAGGGACCCCCUCCCGCCCAGCUCUGGAAAGGGGAAAGGGAUUAAAACUUACCUUUUUCCAGCGCUGGGCGGGGAGCUCUCCUCCUCCGAUCCUCCUCCUCUCCUCCCCGUCGGCUGAAUGCCCACGCGCGGCAAGAGCUUUCCCAUAAUGCUUUCCCAUGGACGCUGGCGUGCUCUCACUGUGAAAAUCACAGUGAGAAGCACGCAAGCGCCUCUAGCGGCUGUCAAUGAGAUAGCCGCUAGAGGAAAUAGGGGAAGGCUUAACCCAUUCAUAAACAUAGCAGUUUCUCUGAAACUGCUAUGUUUAUGAAAAAAUGGGUUAACCCUAGAAGGACCUGGCAUCCAGACCACUUCAUUAUGCUGAAGUGGUCUGGGUGCCUAGAGUGGUCCUUUAAGUAAUGGAGGGAGGUGGGAGAGAGAACAUAGAGGAAUGGACAGAGGCCAGAGAAAGAGGAGAAGAUUGUUAUAUCUGUUACCAGCAUGCAGUCUGCACUGAUGACAGACGUAAGUUUUGCACAGAAUUUACAUUUGGCAAGUUCCAAGUUCCAUGCCCCCAGCAAGUCCAAAUAUCUCUGAAUGUGAAGUGUUUCAAGCAGAAAUGCUGCACAUCCAGACUCCUACCACCACUUGGUGGUGAUAGUCAUAGUCACUUGGUGGUGAUAGUCAUAGUCACUUGGUGGUCAAGGGUUGGAGUGACACUUUCAUUUUUUUUAUUUUUGUGAAUGUCUUUUUCUUGAAAGAGGAUUUCAGAAAAUACAACAAGAGACUCGCAGGCCUCAAAAUUUGAUGGUGGUUAAGACAGUUUUGAAACUGACAAUUGCCACCUUUGAACAGUCUCUUCUGGAUCCUAAAUCAUUAUACAUGCUUUCCUAUGGGGAAGUAUUAAUGCGAACAUGGCCAUUGUCGCGCAAGCACAUUACGUCUCCCCUGCCGGCUGAUGUCGGCAAAGGAGGGGCAGAGGCAGAACCUGAACCAAUGCUGAGGGACAUUGGUGCUGGAAUCAAGUGGUGACAGAAAGGUUUUUAACUCCUUCUGCACCAAGAGUGAGCUAUAGUGCACGGAAACCAACUUUGUUUUGCUGGCACUAUAGAUAAAUAACAUCAAAUUUCCAUUGAAUCUUCAAAUUCUGUCCAUGGGAAUAGGCUAAAAAGUAAAGGGUUAACUGAUGAUAAUCCAAAAGUCUUUGUUUCUUUUUUUUAUUGAACUAUUUGAAUUCUACCCUUGUUUUUCAUAUGUGGAGACCUGCGUGUCUUGUUUCGCUUAACAAAAUUUUGAGACCUGCGAGUCUUUGUACUUUGUACAAUAAAAAGAAAUGUAUCAAAAAGUAAAACAAAAAUGAAAGGUUUACCUAAACCACCAUGACACUUCAGUGAUUUGAAGUGGUCAUGGUGAUAGGAGUCUGUAUCUGCAGCGUUUCUGCUUGAAAUACUGCACAUUCGGAGUUAUUUGUACUUGUGUGCCUGGGGUUAGUUAUAAGCACGGCUCAUGUGACUUAGGCAGUCUGGAUCUGCCGUAUAUGAAUUCUGAGCAAAACUUACAUCUGCACGAUGGUGUCGUCAGAUAUAACAAUAUUCUCCCUUGCUGGCACCGCUUCUUCAAGAUGAAAUUUGCUCUCCUCUGCCUCUGUGUGGCCCCUACUGCCCCCGUCCAUUAAAUAAUUCGUUUUUUUAAAUUGUAAAAAUCCCUUAUUUCUCUCCAAUCUACUUAUCGCGUGCAGAUGUCUCUGUGAAAAGCCUUUGAAUGGGCCACGUGAGUGCAGGUAUGACAGGGUGUCGAGAUCAAGAGGUGAUUACAUUGCUGAUGUGAAAGUAAGGGGAUGUGUGAGAGGAAAGGUGUCUAUCCUAAAAGUGGUAAAAAGUGUAAUUAAAUCAACAGAAUAGAUAAGAUUAGUGCUGUAAAUAUUGACAUUUACUUCAUUUUGAAUGUAAAGUAAAUCGCUUCAAAAAAGUGAGCAAAGAGAUCAGAGUUUAAGUGUGUUGCUAAUCAGAGCCAAUGUGUCCUGCUGUCUUUUUAAUUAUUAUUAUUAUUGGCUAUUCUGCAGCGCUUAGCAAUAUUAUAAAAAGGGGGAAAUGUUAGAAUAAAAUGUUUUUUCUUUACAAAAUGUUACAGGAACAAUAGGCUGAUGAGGACCCUGCUCAAACAGGCUUAUAGUCUAGACCAGUGAUGGCGAACCUUUAUGAGCCCGAGUGCCCAAACCGCAAUACAUGCCAACUAUUUUUCCCUCAAAGUGCCAACAUGGGAAUUCCACCCGAACACUGAGGUUUAAGUUUAGGAAAAACAACUCGUACAGUUGUCUGAACUAAUUAACAUCUUUUAAUUUAAAAGAAGAACACAGCAGAGAGUUCAAUGAUACAAAUUAUAAAUAAUGAUAUAAAUUAUAGAUAAAAUUAAGCUUAUAUUUAUUGGUAUCUCCAACAAAUGCAAUACAUACACACAGAUUGCUGAAUACAGUCACAGACUGCUGAACACAUUCACACACCGACUGCUGAAUACACACACAGACUGCUAAAUACAUAGACAGACAAACUGUUGAAUACAUACACACAGUCCGCUGAAUACUGUCAGGUAUAGCCUGACAUGCAUUCCGCCGUAAGAACCCACUUCCGGGUUCACGGCGCUUAGCCCCGCCCCUUUCUCUGACGCGGUCCUUCCAUGAUACUUGGGAAGACCGCGCCAGAUUCAAAACGCUGGAUUAUUGCACAGGUACCUGAAAAAGUGAUCAGCUGCUUUACCCCGUUCCUGCCUGUAUCAGACCUCGGCUUGCUAAAAACAGACUUCUACCUUCUCCACUCCUUACCUCGGCUCACUAAAACGGACUCCUACCUUCUCCACUCCCAGACCCGGCUUGCUAAAACGGACUCCUACCUUCUCCACUCCCGGACCCGGCUUGCUAAAACGGACUUCCACCCUCUCCACUCCUAGACCACGGCUUGCUAAACGGACUUCUACCUUCUCAACCCAUCGGGUGAAAUUAACCCUUCAGUUCCAGAAACUGCCUUUUAAGUUAAGUAACUUUUCUCCAAUCAAGCCACUCUCUGUUACAAAUCAUAGACAGUUAACUGUGUCAUUCUCUCAAUUUAUUCUCCUUAUUCAGAAGGAUCUGCUAAUAACGCUAACUCUUCCUCCAAUAACCAAGUCAAUUAUAAUUACAACUUCUCCUGCUUCAUUAAUAGUCUUUAUUAUAAAAAUUCCUUCUUAAAUUAAUCUGGAAUCUAACUCUGCAUUAUUUCCAAAAAAAGGAAUUAAGUGGCUUGUGCAAAUCAACAGAUUCUUAUACUUUACUCACAAUUAACAUCCUACAUGUGUAAUUAAAGUGACAGUAACUACUCCUUCAUUUCAAUAUAAAAGGAGGUAAAACUAAUAGUUACUGCAAUUAGAAAAUUCUGCAGUUGAGUUCCAAUUAAAAUAAGUGUUACAAAUACACACACAAAUACAUACACACAGUCUGCUGAAUACACACACACAGACUGCUAAAUACACACAAACUGCUGAAUACAUACAGACUGCUGAAUACAGACACUGCUGAAUACACAUACAGACAUACUGCUGAAUACACACACCGACAGACUGCUGAGUACACACAGACAGACUGCUGAAUACAUAUACACAGUCUGCUGAGUACACACAGACAGACUGCUGAAUACAUACACACAGUCUGCUGAAUACAUACACACCAACACCCACACUGCUGAAUACACACACACAGUCCAAUGAAUAAACACACACACAGACUGCUGAAUACACACACACACACAUACUGCAUUGAGGGGUGCAGUCUAUGUGUUUGUGUGUACAGGUGCGGUGUGUGUGAGGGCUGCUGUGUGUGUGUGUGAGGGGUGCUGUGUGUGCGUGGAGUAACGCUCCACACAGCCUGCUCGCGGGAGAACAGGAGAGAUGCUUCCCAGAUCCUUUCUCCUGUCUCCGGGUCCUCCCAAUACAAAAGCAGAGUAGGCGCCUGCCGUUUUGGGCAGACGCCUACUCUGUAUUGCUGCCAACCGGCGUCAGCGUCCCCCACCCUCCCCCGGCGACCUAUGGCCGCGUGCCCACAGAGAGGGCUCACGCGUGCGAUAGGUUCGCCAUCACUGGUCUAGAGGUCUAUCUAUAGUGAGGGAAGAAAGUAUUUGAAUCCCUGCUGAUUUUGAACGUUUUCCCACCAACAAAGAAAUGAUCAGUCUAUAAUUUUAAUAGUAGGUGGAUUUUAACAGUGAGAGACAGAAUAACAAAAAAAAUCCAGCAAAAUGCAUGUCAAAAAAGUUAUAAAUUGAUUUGCAUGUCAAUGAGUGAAAUAAGUAUUUGACCCCUUCGAUUUAUUAAUUGGUGGCAAAACCCUUGUUGGCAAUCACAGAGGUCAGAUGUUUCUUGUAGUUGGCCACCAGGUUUGCACAAAUCUCAGGAUGGAUUUUGGCCCACUCCUCUUUGCAGAUCCUCUCCAAGUCAUUAAGGUUUUGAGGCUGACGUUUGGCAACUCUAACCUUCAGCUCCCUCCACAGAUUUUUCUAAGGAAUUAAGGUCUGGAGACUGGCUAGGCCACUCCAGGACCUUACUGUGCGUCUUCUUGAGCCACUCCUUUGUUGCCUUGGCUGUGUGUUUUGGAUCAUUGCCAUGCUGGAAUACCCAUCCACUUUUAAUUCCAUGGCUAAGGGAAGGAGGUUCUCACCCAAGAUUUGAUGGUACAUGGCCCCGUCCAUCGUCCCUUUGAUGCAGUGCAGUUGUCCUGUCCCUUUAGCAGAAAAACACCCCCAAAGCAUAAUGUUUCCACCUCAAUGCUUGACAGUAGGAAUGGUGUUCUUAGGGUCAUAGGCAACAUUCCUCUUCCUCCAAACACAGCUAGUUGAGUUGAUGCCAAAGAGCUUGAUUUUCGUCUCAUCUGACCACAACACUUUCACUCAGUUCUCCUCUGAAUCAUUCAGAUGUUCAUUGGCAAACUUCAGAUGGACCUGUACAUAUGCUUUCUUGAGCAGGGGGACCUUGCAGGCGCUGCAGGAUUUCAGUCCUUCACUGCGUCAUGUGUUACCAAUUGUUUUCUUGGUGACUAUGGUCCCAGCUGCCUUGAGAUCGUUAACAAGAUCCUCCUAUGUAGUUCUGAGCUGAUUCCUCACCGUUUUCAUGAUCAUUGAAACUCCACGAGGUGAGAUCUUGCAUGGUGUACCAGACCGAGGGAGACUGACAGUUAUUUUGUGUUUUUCCAUUUGUGAAUAAUCACAUCAACUGUUGUCACCUUCUCACCAAGCUGCUUGGCGAUAGUUUUGUAGCCCAUUCCAGCCUUGUGUUGGUCUACAAUCUUGUCCCUGACAUCCUUAGACAGCUCUUUGGUCUUGGCCAUGGUGGAGAGUUUGGAAUCUGAUUGAUUGAUUUCUUCUGUGGACAGGUGUGAGAGUGCUCCUAAUCUCAGUUCGUUACCUGUAUAAAAUACACCUGGAAGCCAGAAAUCUUGAUGAUUGAUAAGGGAUCAAAUGCUUAUUUCACUCAUUGACAUGCAAAUCAAUUUAUAAUCAUGCAAAUCAAUUUAUUUUUUUGUUAUUCUGUCUCUCACUGUUAAAAUACACCUACCAUUUAAAUGAUAAUUUCUUUGUCAGUGGACAAAUGUUCAAAAUCAGCAGAGGAUCAAAUACUUUUUUUCCCUCACUGUAUCUUUCUAUUUCCUCGGAAACAGGAAAAUGAUAAAAAAAAAAAAAGAAAAAAGGAGCAAGCCAAUUAUAAUAAUCUAAUAAACUGUAUAUCCGAGCAUUUUGUUACAGAGAAUCACAUGUGCAGAUAUGGUCAUCUGACACAUCUCCUGCUUGGGACUGCUUCCUGUAUCAAACCGGUGUCUUCAUAAAACACUGGAUUUGGUUAUAACCCUUUCUGUGGUGGUCACUCCUCCAUACUCAAGAAAAAAAAAUCUUAAACAUCUUUUUUCCAGCUUUGAAGUUCUCCCGCAGGCUGAUCUUUCACGGCCGGCGUCACUCCUUGUCGCCAGAGGAAGAGGGAGGUCAAGGAAGGCAAAUGAGGGGAGGAGAUAGGCAGCAUCAUGGAGGUGGGAUGCCACCAUAUUGGAUUUCUGUCACCAACAUGCUGUGCAUGUUGGUGUCAGACACCGAUAUUGCAUGGAACUUACCAUAGCCAGCCCAGACCUUUGUUCUGGGCUUGUUAAUGGCACUGCGGAAGCUAAGAGGUAAAUCUCUGUCCGUGCAGCAUUUCAUAGUAAAACGCUGCACAUAUAGACUGCAGGCACCAUGACCACUUCAAAUCACUGAAGUGGUCAUGGCGCUUGGAGUAACCCUUUAAAGAAACACUAUAGGCAACCAACCCACUUAUUUUCAAUGAAGUGGUCUGGGUGCCAUGUCCCCUUCAUUUUAUCCCUGCAGCUAAAAACAUUGCUGAUCUGCAAGAACAGCCAUGUUUUCAUUGUAGGAUUCACUUGCCUCUAGUGGCUGUCAUAUUGACAACCACUAGAAGUGCUCCCGCUGAAAUUGUGAAAUAAAACUGGCUUCCAAAUGCCAACUGACCUACCAAUAUUUCCCUAUGGGGGAGCAUUGGAUUGGCCGAAAUCAUCUAUCUCGAUGAUCUCAGCCAAAGAGGCAGAGCGGGAAUGACGGGAACCAGUGCUGUGAGCAGUGGUGUAUUUUGAAAUGGUGCUGCCCUAGGCAUGACAUAUCUCGGCACCCCCUAAUUUAAAUUUACCCGCCCUUCCUGCCUAGGCCACACCUCUUCCUGUUAACUUACACACAUUUUGACUGACAAACACACACUCACGGACCGGUACACACUCUCAGACACACUGACAUAAACACACAUACACUCACUGAUUUGAUACAAUCAGACAGACACUUACAAUCAUUCAGACACACACUGACAGACGCAUACACUCACUGACAGACACGCAGUGGGUACACUUACUGACAGACACGCACAAUCACUCAGACACACACAAUCACUGGACACACACACUAACAGACACUCACUGAUAGAGAGACACACACACAUUCACUGAUAAACACACACUUACUGACAGACACACACAUUCACUGACACACACUCACUCAAAUUCUCUGACACACACUCAUUCACAUUCACUGACACACACACACACACACACUCACAUUCACUAACACACUCACUCACAUUCAGUGACACACACACUCACAUUCACUAAUUUGCUAUAGACCAGGAAGUGCCCUCUAGUGGCUGUCUAGUAGACAGCCACUAGAGGUGGAGUUAACCCUGCAAUUUAAUUAUUGUAGUUUAUGAAAACUGCAAUAUUUACAGUUGCAGGGUUAAGGGUAGUGGGAGUUGGCACCCAGACCACUCCAAUGGGCAGAAGUGGUCUGGGUGCCUGGAGUGUCCCUUUAAGGGCUUACAUUUACGACUUUUUUCCUUUUACUUGUAAACACAUCAACCUUGAACAGAAACGUGUCAAAUAGUGAUAUAAAUGUAAAAUAGCAAUCACCCGACCUAUAAAAAAACAAAAACACGUCUAUAAAACAUACAAUAUGUUACUGCGGGAUUAUUGGUAUCAGUCCCAGGUUAGUACAUGGGUGGAUGUAGCUGACACUGGCCAAUGAGGGAUAUCGGUGCCUAUGAUAAUUGGUGAUUUUGGUUCCUCUCCCGUUAUCGCUCCCUACAUAUAAUCUCUAGUAUGAGUUCUCGUGCUAAAAGUUGCAAUGCGCUGGUGAGCUACCCAGAAUUCAUGGUUUAUGUCUGGUUACAUUGGUGCAUGCUCUGCAGAAAGGGUGAAGCUGAUUGCCAGGAGCUUUGAAUAAAAAUCAGUAAUGGAAGUGUUGCGAUAGAAGGGUUAACAUUUAUUUUAGGAAAUUCCGUAAAAUGAUCUGGAUUUUCUUUAGAAAUAGAUACAUAUUUUUAUUACAAUCAAGCACAUGUGGCUAUAAAUACCUGUAGAAAUUGAUUAUUCUGUAAUAAUUUCAGUUCUGUAUAUGGACUGGAUUAUUGGUAUUAUAAAUGGGGGCAGUGCACCUUCCUCUUUCCAUAACUGACUGGAGAUUGGGUUUGUAAAUUAAAGGACUGGCAUGGGAAUAGCAGAAAUUCACUGACUCAGAAGGAUUGCCAUUUAUAAUUGAGAGUGAAAUCUAACACGGUUAUUCAGUUAAGUGAGAGUUCAAGGUGAAUUUCAAAUUUGAGGUCAAAAUAGCGAAGUGGAAAAAUGAAUUAAAUCAUAACCAAUCAGAGUUCAAAGGACAUUUAAAUCAAUAUCUAGACACUAUAUUAUGUUAUCCUACAUCACAGAUGUUUGGAGGAAUGAUUAAAAACCAGCUAUAAUUGCUGUUGAUUCCCCAAAAGGAAUUCAUCAGACAAGUUAACAGAGCCAUUUUAACACAUGGGCACCAGGGGAAGUUGCCCAAUGAGCACAAAGGCCCCAUAGACUUACCAACGUCUCAGUAUAUAUUUUUCCGGGAGAUUUAUUCAGAACUUUCAAACCCUCUUUAUUAAAACGUUUACAUGGAAUAAUCCCCUCAAUAUCAGCUGUUAUCUGUACAUGCAAAUUUGCUGUUGCGAAUACAUAUCUUGACCUUGACAAAAACAACGUACGCAUACAAAUUGUACAUAUUCAAGAAAAUAUCAACACACAUCAUUUUUUGAAGCCGGGGGUUCUUUCAAAUUAUUUUUCCGUGUACCCACAUAUUCAUUUCAAAGACUGAAACUGGUAUAAAAAAAAAAACAGCUUUGCAACACAGCAGCGUUUGAACUGACUCAAUGUGGACCAAAAAUGGCAUCCUGAAGACCAUUGACUUGUUUGUGUUGAACAAUUGAUUGAUAAUAAAUAAUUCAAAGUAAUUUCAUACUGUGCCAUCUCCGUCUGUAUGAUUUACCAACUGAGUGCCAUUUUUACGUUACAUUUUUUAACUUCAAGGCUCACGUUGUAUUGUGCAGACGUUUGUAUGACUUUACCUCUGGUGUACAGCAUGCUUUUUAAUGUUUAAUUUCUGAUUGUGUUGGCAGUACCAAUAGAUGUAAUCUUAAAGGAGCACUAUAGUGCCAGGAAAACAAACUCGUUUUCCUGGCUCUACAGGGUCAUUAGGUCUCCCCCACCCUCAGGGCCCCCCUCCUGCUGGGCUUAAAGGACCACUCUAGGCACCCAGACCACUUCAGCUUAAUGAAGUGGUCUGGGUGCCAGGUCCUUCUAGGGUUAACCCAUUUUUUCAUAAUUAUAGCAGUUUCAGAGAAACUGCUAUAAUUAUGAAUGGGUUAAGCCUUCCCCCUAAUCCUCUAGUGGCUGUCUCAUUGACAGCCACUAGAGGCGCUUGCGUGCUUCUCACUGUGAAAAUCACAGUGAGAGCACGCCAGCGUCCAUAGGAAAGCAUUGUAAAUGCUUUCUAUGAGACCGGCUGAAUGCGCGCGCAGCUCUUGCCGCGCGUGCGCAUUCAGCCGGGGGGGGAAGGAGGAGGAGAGGAGGAGCUCUCCGCCCAGCGCUGGAAAAAGGUAAGUUAUUACCCCUUUCCCCCUUCCAGAGCCGGCGGGAGGGGGUCCCUGAGGGUGGGGGCACCCUCAGGGCACUAUAGUGCCAGGAAAACGAGUAUGUUUUCCUGGCACUAUAGUGGUCCUUUAAAACUAAUUCAGCUACUUACCUUUAUCCAGCGCUGGGCUCCCUCGGUGCUGGUGACCUCUCCUCCCACUCCGAUGUCAGCUCCCGAGUGGAGCGGAAUGCGCAUGAGCGGCCAGAGCCGCACGCGUGUUAAAAUUGCCCAUAGGAAAGCAUUUCUCAAUGCUUUCCUAUGAACGUUCUGCACACUGAAUGCAGCCACUAGAGGCUGGAUUAACCCUGCUAUGUAAACAUAGCAGUUUCUCUGAAACUGCUAUGUUUACAUCUGAAGGGUUAAAAACCUGGGGGACCUGGCACCUAGACCACUUCGUUGAGCUGAAGUGGUCUGGGUGACUAUAGUGGUCCUUUAAAAUGUUCCCAUUCUGUUUUCUUACAGACCUUGUUUUCCCUGUAAACUAAGCCUUGGACAAGUACUAUACGUAGAUGUCAGCUCCCGAGUGGAGCGGAAUGCGCAUGAGCGGCCAGAGCCGCACGCGUGUUAAAAUUGCCCAUAGGAAAGCAUUUCUCAAUGCUUUCCUAUGAACGUUCUGCACACUGAAUGCAGCCACUAGAGGCUGGAUUAACCCUGCUAUGUAAACAUAGCAGUUUCUCUGAAACUGCUAUGUUUACAUCUGAAGGGUUAAAAACCUGGGGGACCUGGCACCUAGACCACUUCGUUGAGCUGAAGUGGUCUGGGUGACUAUAGUGGUCCUUUAAAAUGUUCCCAUUCUGUUUUCUUACAGACCUUGUUUUUGUAAACUAAGCCUUGGACAAGUACUAUACGUAGAAUGAACCAUUCUCAUAUAUUGCCGCUGCAGCAAGAAAAGGCCAUGAGCUAUAUAGUUUUUGUCUUUAAUUUUUUUGUCUUAAUUUUUAUGUGUGCACAACAUUGUAUUCUGUAUAUUUAUGCUACCCAGAAAGAGAGAGAAAAGUAUACAACUUGUGACUGAAUUACAGAUCAAAUCAGAGAUAAACUAGUUUACUUAUGUGUAAUAUCAGUAUCUGGUGGAAGAUAUCUGCUUCAGAACUGAUAUAAAAACACAGGAAAGGAGAUUUGUCAAGGCUAAACAGGUGGUGUUUUGAGUGCAAAGUGCUAAAUAUUUUUUCAAACAUUUUAUAGGUUUCUAUGGUAAGUGAACUUGAAUUGAAUUAGCGCUAUGAUCCAGAACAGUGCCUGUUUUUAAUCUUGAUAAAUCUCUCCAAAGUUUAUUACUCACACUGACACAUCCUUUUAUGUGAACCUACAAUUUGAUUUUAAUACAGUACAGUAUAUGGUAUGUGGGAUAAUUUACUUGCUGAAUUCACCAGUGAGGUAAAUGGUAUCCUAUCAUGUUCAAAACUAUUAAACAUGAUUUAAUUUCUGAACUUCAUGUUAUGUGACCCCCUCCUCCCCCCUCCUUAUUUAAGAAAAGUCAGUGUAUUCGUGGCACACACAGAUUUGAUGUAAAGAGUAUGACACAUAUAUGUAACUACUGGUGGGUGUUGCUAUUGAGCUCAGUACUAGUGGAAAUUAUGUAAUGUAAAGAAAAAAAAACACACACACAGCCAUUGAUAUUGGAGCUGAGUAUCACUGGACCAUCCCCAUAAGGGGGUGCCUGUGUUGUGUAACACCAGGGGAGGGUAUCAUGAAUUUCAGCUGAAGUUUGUGCCCCAUCCAAUAUGGCGUCGCCGCCCCGCCGCGCCUCGUACUAGUCAAGGGUCAGAGGGUGUGUGAGCGCCACCAGCAUGGCUCCAAGAUAUCGGGCAUUACACGCGGUGCUCAGGUUGCUGCCCACUGCUCGCACCGUCCGAUCCAGAGGUUUCAGCACCUUGCCGGAGCCGGUGGUCAGGAUGGAGUACCAGGUGAGAAGGGGGCAGGGGGAGGUUGCAUCAGACAGGGGGACACGUGGGUUAGGGGAUGAAUGGCAGCAACAGGGCCAGGAACUGCUGCAUCUAGACAUUUCUGGGGCUCUGGCAUCUUCCACUUUAACAAAUAAUAAAAAAUGUAUAACAACCUUUUAGUAUUUAUUUUAUUUUAUGUCAAAAUGUAGAUGCACAGCUGCUGUAGGGACUGCAACUCCUAUGAUGCUGUGUGAACCUAUGACAUCAUGACAGGUGUGGACCUACACUAACACUUUAUCCACCCAUAGUCUAGCUGUUCACUCAUAAAAAGAGUAAAUAGGGUGAUUAGUGCUGGGCAUUAAGUUGGCACAUAACCUGACGGGUUAAAGAGUAUGACAUGCUGGCUUAUGGAGAGAGAUGUUUUGCAUUAGAACCAGUGCAUGGUUGCAAUGAAUACUGUUUAGAAAUAUCCUAGAAGAAGAUGAAGUAUUAUGGAAUCAAUGUGGAAGUUCUAGAAUUCUCAUGUUAACCCCUUUCCUGUAUAAAGGAACUAUAGUACUUUUCUCUGCAGUAUGCUCUGUUGAUCAGAUCCUUAAGCCAUUCUGUUGUUGAUUUACUUCUAUGCUUUGGGUCAUUGUCCUUUUGCAACACCCACCUUCUGUUGAGCUUCAGCUGGUAGACAGAUGGCCUUAAGUUCUCCUGCAAAAUGUCUUGAUAAACUUGGGAAUUAAUUUUUCCUUCGAUGAUAGCAAUCCGUCCAGGCCCUGACUUGUCUGUAAAUCUUUAAGGGGUUAAUGGAGAUGUCAAUACUCCAUAUGUACAAUGAUGAAUGUUCCUUAAAAAAGCACUUUAUCUCCAGGAGCAUGGCACCUGCUAGUGAUUAUGUUCUAUUAACAUUAACCGACAAAGUGACAGCUAACCUGUCACAUUGUGAGUGUUUCAGACUACUUCCAUAAGUAUAUGCAAGGUAGGGCAAAUAGAGACUGCUCCUCCCCAUCCCUCGAUUCAAUGCUGUCAGACUGAGCAUCACAUGGGAAAUGUAAAAUGAAUUCUAGAAGAAAGUCAUCCGUGAUUUAGUCUUUGGCAGCUCUGUCAAUUUCUGUCAAUUGUAAUUUUACAUGGUUAUCAACUAGUGAGAAUUCAAAGUGAAUUUAUCUUUUAAGGCCAAAAUAACUGAAAUGGGGGGGGGAGGUUUCUAAGUCAGCUAUGAAUACAGUUGGAUUACCUUGGCCUUAAUUUAGAAAUGAUCUGAAUUUACUUUGAAGUCUUACUUUAGUUGUAAUUAAACCUGUAAAUGUUUGGAUUGCUCGUAUGGGCAUUUAGGGACUAUAUAUCAGCGACUUUAGGUGUCAUAGGUUUAUUCACUAAAGUGUGAGUUGUCAAAAAUUAAAAAGUGAAGUAGAAAUUUUAGGCUUUUUUAGGUGUUUAGGAAUAUUUUUAUAGUAAAAAAAAAAAAAAAGGCUUUUGUAAAUGAGUAAUGCGUUCUCACCACGCUGGCAGACAGUGGGUUAAUUAAUCACUAGCGGGCAGACAGUGGGCAUAUACCUUACUAGUGCGUGGCACCUUGUUUGCUAGUUGUAUUUCUAUGAAUGAGACGUGAAGUAUUUAACCCCUUAAGGACACAUGACGUGUGACAUGUCAUGAUUCCCUUUUAUUCCAGAAGUUUGGUCCUUAAGUGGUUAAAGGGGAGGGGGGAAAGGGGAGCUUAUUGGUGUUAUUCAAAGUCAAUUUCAAAUUUAAGGCCAAAGAAACCAAACUUGAAGCAUAGGUGAUUUAGAAAAAUGUGCCAUUUCGGCUAUUAAGGCCUUUAAUUGGAAACUCAUUUUGGAUUCUCACUUAAGUGAAUAGCCCUGUUUCUGUUAAUGCAUUUCUCAAGUUCAGGUGACUGAGCAGUGUGGGGGAGGACAGGCCGGGGAUAUAUUUAUCACUGGUUUGUGUAAUGAGCAGUCUGUGCUAAUCACGCGUGUUUGCAGAGGUAGAUAAGAUCAGGUUAAGGUCCUAUGUUAUACCCCUUUCUCUUAUAUUAAUUUUCCAGUCUCUCUGCAGGUGCAUAAAUGGCACUAAUAUGACAUGCAUGGACACAACACAAAUUGUAUAACUUUGGGCAUCAAUAUUUAAAGGGGCCUCCAUAAAUAAAGUGGCAGCCCGCAGUAGUGUUUGUGACCCACUCCCCUACCCCCCCUUGCAACACCCUCUGGUAGACAGCCACGAGAGAUGGAGCUAACCCUGAAAGGUAAAUAUUUUAGUUUAUUGAAAACUGCAUUAAUUAGCUUUACAGCAUUAAGGGACCUGGGGCAAAGAGCUGAAGUGGUCAGAGUGCCUAUACUGUCCCUUUUAACCCUUUUCCUUAACAUCACCUACCCAAUUCUAAAAUACUUCUUACUUGCUUCUCAGUAUCUGCACGCCAUCAUUAAACAGAACGUAUCAGUCCUGCCUCAAUUAAAGGGACAUUCAAAAAGGAACACUCUAACAUUAACAGGGUUAUUCACUAUAGUUAAUUUAAAUCAAAUUCCAUAUUUAAGGCCAGAGUUGCUGAACUGAAGGCUUAGCUGACUUAGAGUUCGUACAGUCAUUUUGACCUUUUAUAUUUCUAAACUCACCUUAAAUUCUCACUUUUUAUAAAGAGUCUUACUGGAUCAUUCACCAAAGUGACAAUUCAAAUCGAAUUUCAACUUUAAGGUCAUAAUAGUCGAACCGGAAACACUCCAAUUCAGUGAUGCUUCAAGUGCAGCUUCUUUGGUCUUAAAUGUGAAAUUUAUUUUGAAUUCUCACCAUAGUAAAUAACUAACUUCCCCCACACACCCUGUAAUUUAGUGCAUCUUUAUACGGAGCGUUUCAUGUCUUCAUGUAGAGCGUGAAGACUCCUAACGUCAGUCCUGCACAAACUGUGUGGUUUUAUGACUAAAGCUGUAGAUGCAGUUGGCUGCAGCACUGGCUCGUUCACUGAAACUUGAAUGCCUGAAUUUGUACACAGCAGCUUUUCUUCGGUGAUGGAACUCACCCUUGUUGUAACUAGUAGAAAAUAAAAACAUCCCAGAAACCCUGUUCUCCAUGUACCGUAGCCAAUGCAAGGAGAAUGCAUUGUCAUCAUGAUUUGAAGGUUCCUUUAAGAAAAAUAGAUUGUGAUUACUUUGCUUUUUAAUAAUGCUGAUAAAAAGGCCAAGUUGGGCCAGGCAGGAAUUUAGACGCCCACUUUCCUGUGAGCGUUUACUUUCGGUCACAUGGAUCGCCGUGCACAACUCACACUCAAUUUUGUGUAAAUUUAAACGGGAAUUGCAUAGGAAGAUCCCAGUUUAGAAUUUUCCAUGGUGCACGUUAUUUAUUUAUGUCGUGCAACCCAUGGUAAGCAAUGCUUGCAGAAAUUGUGGGCAGAGGUAGAAAUAAUCAAGGACUUUGGGCUGGAUUUGCAUUGAUUUUAAAGACUCUCGUUCAUGCUUUUAAAUUCUCAUUGGACAAAAAGGCAUCCUACAGAACAGAGACAUAUUCACUUUACAUCCUGCACGAUGGUCACAUUACUUAUAUUUUUAAUCAGUACGCAACUUGUUGGUGCAUACAUUUUUUUUAUUUGUUUUGUUCAGUCAUUUACCCCUAUCGCCAUAUUGUCCCACUGAGCUGUGCAUCCUCCGUUUUGUGUCCUUGUUAUUGUUCUAAUUCUCCCCCCCCAUUUUUUUUGGACAGGACGCCAUCCGCACGUUGAACACAUUGCAAACCAAUGCCAGUUACCUGGAACAUGUCAAAAGACAGCGCAGUGAUCCUGUAGAGCAACUAAAGGCUAUGAGGUUAUUUCUAGAGAGGAGCGGUUUGCGGGUAAGUGUUGCAAUGGCAGCCAUUUUGUUCUGGUAUACCUGUCUGCACUAAUUAGAUCUGUACGUUUAUUUACUAAAUUAUACGUAAGAAUCAGUCAAAACAGCCAAGCAGUGACUAUAUCUGAGUUCCAAAAUUUUCCAGGUCAGUUACUUCAGUGGUGCAUUUUGAAAUUUGUCUUUCAAUUCCCUGUUUAAUGUGUAAAACCUGUAAAUCACAGAUGGACAAAAUGUAAGUCUGGCAAAGUAUCCUGGGAAAAUCUUGUUUUAUUAGAGCUGGAACUCCUACCUCAUUGCCAACUCUGUGUAAAUUUAUUCCUAAUAAUAUUCAACUGAAUUAAAAAAAAAACAAAUCUGAAUUGUAUGUCCCUAUUUGUCUACAGGUGGAAGACUUGGAUCAGUUAAACAUUAUUCACGUAACUGGGACGAAAGGAAAGGUGAGCUGGGAAAUGGGAUUUUGGCUGGGCACGUGCUUGGAAUCAGACAAUAUAAUAUAUUAAAAAAUAAAUAAAAAAUGUUAUAUAUAUAUAUAUAUAUAUGUGUUCUCUGCUUGCUUGAAUAUGUCACAGGUUCUAUUUAAUUCACGUUAUUAGUAUAACUGCAGUCUCAUGCUUACAAGUGUAGUUAUUCCCCUAUACAAGCUAUGACAUUGCGUUUUAUCAGGAGUCAGAUUACACCAAGCCUGGGAUAGAGCGAUAUUGAUUUCUGUGGAAUUCAUUACCUUUUACAACCCUGCUUUGCUUCUUAUAGCUAAAGUUCUGUGUUUAAAAAAAAAAUAAAAAAAAAAUGUCAUAAGUAAACCCGGUGGCUACUUAAAGGACCACUAUAGGAACCCAGACCACUUCAGCUUAAUGAGGUGGUCUGGGUGCCUGGUCCAUCUAGGUUUUUUCUAUAAACCUGCUAUGUUUAUAUUAGGGUUAAUUCAGCCUCUAGUGGCUGUCUCAUUGACAGCCGCUAGAGGGCUUCCGUGUUUCUCACUAUGAAAAUCACAAUGAGAAGACGCCAGCGUCCAUAUGAAAGCAUUGUAAAUGCUUUCCUAUGGACUGGCUGAAUGCGUGUGCGGCUCCUGCUGCGCAUGCGCAUUCAGCCGAAGAGGGGGAGGGGAGGAGGAGGAGAGCUCCCGACGCUAGAGAUAGAGGUAAGUUUGACCCCUUCCUCUCCAUCCAGCCUGGCGGGAGGGGGACCCUGAGGGUGGGGGCACACUCAGGGCACUAAAGUGCCAGGAAAACGAGUAUGUUUUCCUGGCACUAUAGUGGUCCUUUAAGUUUGGUAUGGUUUAUUUUUAUGUAAAUGUGAUUUUUAUUGUUUUCAGCAUAGCAGUUUCACAGUACAAUGGAGCAAUCCAAACACUGAGGCGCACAGGAUGGUUGGAAUUAGUGGUACAUAUAGAUAGCAUGCGUUGGACUCGCAGGUCCGCUUGAGUUAGGUCUGACAUUUUCGGGUCAUAUUUCGUGGACCCUUAUUAAUGACAUGGUUUGUCCGCCUGUGCGUGUGUAGUGGUUUUAUAUGGGUUGGGGUGCCCUCAUUGAACUAUGUGACUGUGAUUUGUAUCUGCAUGUGCAGUUGUCCAACAAAUUUUCAUGUAGAUACGUUUAUCCUUGCUUUUUGCUGGUUUUGUGCCUGACAGUAUUAGUGUGUAACAAUUGAAUUUUUAAAACAGCGAGGCUCGCAGGCUCGCAACAACUGUGGAAAGAUUUAGUCGUUAUAUAUAGCAUGCGUUGGACUCGCGGGUCCCUUUGAGUUAAACCUGCCUUUUCUGAGUUUCGUUUCGCCAUCCUUUGAUGAUGGUCAGGUUUCGAUUCCCGGGUGUUUGGAUCGGCCCAGUUAGCGGGUCUGGUGUCUCUAGUGGUAUAUGUGGAUGUGGUUGGUUUCUGUUCGUGUGGUUAUCUAUGUUGUCAUUACGGUGUGUGCUCUAGAGUAGGGUCGGUUUUUAUAUCUGGUUUGUUACGUAUGUCGGUAAAGUAUUGAUAUUGAUUCAUUAAUCGUUUCAGGUAGUAGAGUUCAUAGUCUGCCAUGAAUGUGCGGGGGUAUUACUCUUCCUGUGUGAUACGUGGUGAUCUCGAAGGUGUGUAGAGGGUGAUCAUGUCUUCGGUCUAUUGUUUUUCUUUUGCCUCAGUUGUUGAUGUGAUAGAUGUGUCUAGGGGUGUGGGUGGUUUAUAGUGAGGGGUAUGUUUGUUGGUGUAUGCCUCGUGCCUACGGGCGUAUGGGUCUUCAGGUGGUGGGGCGUUCACGUCUCUGUUCGGUUUGGUGUGGUUGGUGUCCUGAGGGUGUUUUGUUAGAAAUUGUUGGUCCUCCCAGGUUUGGUUUGUCAUGCUUGGGUUAUUUGUAUCCCCUCGUGUUGUGGCGUUUUGAGGUGAUGAGCGGUGGUAGGUGUGUUCACGUGGUGUUCUCUUUAUAUUGUAUGUUCGUGUCAGUUGCUCGGGUGAGUGUUAUCUUUCUCUGUUGUCUUUUUCUAUGGGUUGUGGUCUUUUGUUUCACGUACUUCGUUGGCCUCUUAUAUGUCCAGUCGUGUUGUAGAUUUUGUUGUUGUUUGAGGUAUGUGUGUUAGUUCGGUCUCCGAGAUGGUGGGGUUAUGUCCGUUAUGCUGGGUGUCUAGUUCGUCGGCUUGGUGCGGUCCUAUUGAGUGUGUGGUUAUUUCCCGGGGGGUGAUCGUUCCAGUGUUGUGUGGGGUGCAUUAUUAGGCGUGUCAGGCUGAUCAUGCUUGUGUGGUGAUAUUCAUAUGUCUGUACGGGUGUGUGUGUGUGUGUUGGGGAGGGUGUGUGUUAAGAUAUGUUGAUUCUGUGUCGUUUGGGUGCUGAGUGAUGUUGGUGUAUGGUGUUGUGGGGAAGGAGUGGAUGCGCUAGGUGUGGUGCGGGGAGGUUGAGUCCUCCCUUCUCAAUCCCCAUCCCCCCGGCCACGGCCCCCCCGCCUCGUCUUGCCAUGUAGAUUAGCCAUGGUUGCCAUUUGUCUCCGUGUUUUGAGAGAGUGUCUGUCAGGGUCAUGUCCAUUUCUUCCGUGGCUCUGAUAUCUUCCACUCUGGUUAGCCAUUGUUCCAUCGAGGGGACUUGAGUUAGUUUCUAGAAAGUAGGGAUGAGUGCCUUGGCUGUGUCGAGGAGGUGGCGUAGGAUGGAUCUUUUGUAUUUCGAGAUCGAGUCUUGUGUGUGGUGGAGGAGUACAUUUUCCAUUGUCAGUUCUGUCGCGUCCCCUAGGAUAUCCCUGAUGCGGGCUAUUAUCUGGUUCCAGAAUGGUUUGAUUUUGGUGCAUUCCCACCAGAUGUGUUUUAUUGUGCCCACGUCCGUCUCGCAUCUCCAGCACGUCGCUGGGGUGUUGGGAAAUAUUCUGUGUAAGAGGUCCGGGAUUCUGUACCAGAACGUUAGUAAUUUGUAAUUCAUUUCUUGGUAUGAUGUGCUAAUUGAGGAUUUGUGAUGGAGAAUUAGAAUUUGGUCCCAUUGAGCGUCUGUGAAUGUCCUGUCUGUGAGGUGUUCCCAUUGUCACUUUUAUAUAGCAGAGCUGUCUUUUGGUUGUUCGUGAUCAGGUACUGGUAGAGGGUUGAUGUAGGUUUCUGGAUGGUCGGUUUUUGGUAGCAGGUUUCUUCGAAACACGUGAGGGUUCUGUGUAUUGCGGCUCUAUCUGGUAGUGUGUGAUAGAAAUGUUGUAGUUGUGUGUAUCUGUAUCUUUGCAUGGGAGUCAGUGUGCCCUCUACCAGUUGGUCCAGCGGAGCCAGUCUGGUGGCGGUCAAUGUUUUGUGGAUCGAGAUGAAGUCUCAUCCCUCCAGGAAGCUCCAAGCCCUUGCCGGUAGUCCUCCUCCUAGUAGUUGGUUGUCCGUUAGCAUGGUCAUUGGGCUAAGUGUGGGGGAGACAUUUGUUGUUUUCCGCAGUGACGCCCAUAUCUGAAGAGUUUGACUAGCCGGGGAGAGUUUGUUGAGUUCGUCCUGUGCUGUUGUUUUAGUGUUCCAAACAGUGGCGAAGAUGGUUGGGCCGGUGGACGAGUCUCUAUCCAGGGUCACCCAUUGCUUGUGACGUGGGUUUGUGUGCCAUUCUAGGAUCCGUUGCAGGGCUGUUGCACGAUGGUAGUUCUGCAGAUCCGGGAGAGCUAAUUCUCAGCUUCUUCUGGUCUGGCAGAGGAGUUCAUAUCGCAGUCGUAGUUUGUGUCCUUUCCAUAUGUAGGUCAGGAACGUGGUUUUCAGAGAUGCGAAGAAUGCAGUCGGUAUCGACAGGGGCAUCGUGUGGAAUAGGUAUGUUAUUCUGGGUAAUAUAUUCAUUUUGAUCACCGCUAUGCGGCCUAGACAGGUGAUGUGUGGGUAAUUUCAGGUCCGUAGAUCCUGCUGGAUGCGAGUAAGGAGAGGGACAAGGUUUGUUUGGUAGAGGGAGCUUGGAUCCGCUGUUAUCCAAAUCCCUAGGCAUCUCAUUUGGGAAUGACACCACCGGAAGGGGAAGUUUGAGGCUAUAGCUCUGUGUUCUCUCAUCGGGUCGUUUAUGUUGAGGAGUUCGCAUUUAUUCAGGUUGAGUUUGAGGCCCAACAGGUGUCUGUAGUCUUCAAGUUCUUUUAUUAGGCAGAUUAGGGUGAUUCUCGGUUGUGUAAUGAAGAAUAACAUAUCAUCCGCGUAUGCAGCAACCUUGUGUGUGGUGGUUUUCCAUGUGUAUCCUGUGAUGUUGAUGUUUCGUCUUAUCGUUUCUAGUAGGGGUUCUAACGUUAACACGAAUAGUAGUGGUGGGGACAGGGGACACCCUUGUCUAGUGCCAUUCCGGAUCGGAAAGGACUCCAUCAGUGCUCCGUUGACUUGGACUGUUGCUGUCGGGUUGCUAUAUAUUGCUCCGAUCCAGCUCAGUAUCCCAGUAGGUGUAACACUGUUUUCAGGAACGUCCAAUCUACUCUGUCGAACGCGUUCUCGGCGUCCGCCGAGAGCAAGAGGAGUGGUGUUUUGUUUUGUCUCGUUAGGUGUUGUAUGGCGAGGACCCAUAGGGUGCUAUCCCGGGCCUCUCGUUCCGGUAUGAAUCCUGUUUGGUCGGGGUGCACUAGAGUUGGCAUCAGAGUGCGGAUUCUGGUGGCUAGAAUCUUGGUGAAAAGUUUUGUCUAUGUUUAAUAUGGAUAUGGGUCUGUAGCUACUGCAGGCCUCCGGGUCCUUUACUGGCUUUGGGAUUGUUGUGAUCGUAGCCGAUAACGAUUCAGUGUGGAAUGCUGUCCCGUUCGUGAUUGCGUUCAGGGCUUUUGUGAGCCUGGGGAUUAGAAUGUUCUGGAGUCGUUUGUAAUAGUUUAGGGUCAGUCCGUCUGUGCCAGGAGCACGACCUGUUUUUGUUGUUUUGAUGGCUGCUCGUAUUUCGUCUUCAGUGAUCGGUUGAUCAAGCGUUUCUGCGUCCGCGGCCGUCACGGUUGUAUGGAGGUGUUGUCUUAGGAAGUGUUCUGUGCAUUCCAGUUUGUUGCGUUCGUGUUCGUCAUCACCUUGUUUGUGUGUGUGUGUUGUAUAAGGACGAGUAAUAAUUGAGAAAUUCCUUUGCGAUUUUCCUCCGGGUGUUGUGUGGACGUGCCUCCUUGCAGUUUUAGUCUGUGUACUUGUGCGGGUUGUUGUUGUCCUCUAAGCAUAUGUGCGAGUAGUUUCUCUCCCUUAUUUGCGUGGAGGUAGAAGAAUCCUUUUGAUUUGCGUAGGUGUCUCAGGUGUCUCUUGAGCAGUAGGGCGUCUAGUUGCUUUCUCGCCUCUAGGAGUUCUUUGUAUGUGUCUUCCACUUGGUGUCGCUUAUGUUGUGUUUCUAGUGUAUUAAUCUGGUCAAUGAGAUCUGUCAUUAGUCUGCUUGUUUCCCGCUUACGUUGCGACGCGAGUUGUAUGAGUUUGCCUCGUAUUACACUUUUGUGUGCUUCCCAGAUUGUCAUGUCCGAGACAUCGUCCGUCUCGUUUUACGAGAAGUAGCUUGUUCGUGGUUGUGUGAUUUGGUCUCUCAGUACUAUAUUGGUCAGUAGGGUGUCCUUGAGUCUCCAGGUUCUCCUCGUUGGUCUCGUGAAGGGGGAGUCGAUGUCUAUUGAUACUUGUCCGUAGUCCGACCAGGUCGCUGUGUGAAUGGUGGCUUUCUGAAGUCUUGCCAGAGUUUCUUGUUGUACUAAUAGAAAGUCUAUUCUAGAGUAUCUCUUGUGUAUUGUGGAGUAGUGUGUGUAUUCUUUGACUGCUGGAGGGCCAUGCACCCAUUAGACAAUCAGUCAUAGAGACUUUAGAGUUUGGUGGAUGUUCUUUAUUUCUCUUUGUGGGAUACUGCUGUGUCCCGUGGAGGAGUCCAUUUUCGGGUCCAUCGGGGUAUUGAAAUCUCCUCCUGUUAUCAGUAUUCCUUCCGCGAAAACUGCCAGUUUCUUCAGCGUGCAUUUAAAGGACCACUCUAGGCACCCAGACCACUUCAGCUUAAUGAAGUGGUCUGGGUGCCAGGUCCAGCUAGGGUUAACCCAUUGUUUUAUAAACAUAGCGGUUUCAGAGAAACUGCUAUGCUUAUGAAUGGGUUAAGCCUUCCCCCAAAGCCACUAGCGGCUGUCUCAUUGACUGCCGCUAGAGGCGCUUGCGUGCUUCUCACUGUGAAAAUCAGCAAGCGUCCAUAGGAAAGCAUUGAUAAUGCUUUCCUAUGCGACCGGCUGAAUGCGCGCGCAGCUCUUGCCGCGCGUGCGCAUUCUGCCGACUGGGCGGAUCGGAGGCUGAGAGGAGGAGGAGAGCUUAUAAGCGGAAUAGGGCAGGUGAGUAUUUCUUCUAUAUUCCCCAAUCUGUCCUGGGGUAAGCCCUUAGGCUAUCCCUCUCACCCGUGAUGUUAUUGCGGCAGCCGCGAUUAUCCUGAUCCUCCAUUUGCCGUCUCAUGGCUAGGAGGAGAGCUCCUUGUCGUUUUAGGGCAGUGUCUGUGGCUGUGGAGUGCUCCUCCGCUGUCUGUGCUCUUUGCUGUUCCAGUUGCAGGAUGCGGGUUUCCUGUGCAUUAAUUUAUCCUUUCAGGCCGGCCAUUUCUGUUUUAAUAGCCUUGUAGAGUUUAGAGGAUAGGUGAGUGAGGUCAUCUUUAGUGACCGUCACUGUUGCUAUGCGUUUUAAUUCCGCACCGAUGUCGACCAGUGUGGUGCCGUCUGAGCUGGAGCAUGUGGAGAUCGGAGAGGUUGGCGCCAUAUUGGAAGGCUGGGCCUCGUGAGAAGGCCCGGCCGGGGUACUGAGGAAGCCGUGCAUCGGACCCGAGAGUGACCCCGAAGAGGUGUUUCUGGGGGUCUGGGAGUGUUCAGUAAGCUUAGUGCACCUUAUGUGUGCGGGUAAGUGCAGGGUUUCAGUGUGGUUCGCUGAUUUUAGUGCUGGUGUGGAACGGAGCAGUGCGGUUAAGCGUCCAUGUCUGUCGGAGCACAGGCCACGCCCUGGUAUGGUUUCUUUUUAUUUUGUUGUUGUGUUGUUAUUUUUGUUUAAUUAGUGUGUGUGUGUAUAUAUAUAUAUUACCUGUAAUCUUUGUGUAUUAUAAAUAAAGAUUGACAAAAAAGAUAUAUAUCUUUUUUUUUUUUUUUUUUAAUGUAUUAUCAUUUUAUAUUUUUUUGUCAAUCUUUCCUUAUUCUUAAUCCACAAAGAUUACAGGUAAUGUAUAGUCAAAGGCUCAUAUAUAUUGCAUAACCCCAGUUAGCAUCCAAGUAAUUGUUGAACAUUAGGAUUAAGGUGUUUUUUUUGUUUUGUUUUUUUUUUGUUUGUUUUUUUGAUUUGGUAAAAGGAAAAAUGAUCACAGGUGUUGUGUCUUAGAUAAAGCACCUUAACCCCUUAAGGACCAAACUUCUGGAAUAAAAGGGAAUCAUGACAUGUCACACAUGUCAUGUGUCCUUAAGGGGUUAAGGAGUUAUGUGUGGUAGGUUAGUGUCAGAGGGCAUUAUAGGCUGUGUUAAUAUAUAAAAAAAAAAAAAUAUUCAAUUACUUUUUUUUUUUUUAAAACCAGACUCCCCUGUAGGACGCUUUUGUGUGUGGGAUUAAUAAAAUUUUAUUCUCCCCAUGAUCCCAAACAAAGGCGAUGACUUAACCACAGGGGCACACACACAGCUGAGCUAUUGUAACCCAGAGAUGACUUGUAUUCAGUGAGCAUAUAAUCAGAGAAAUUAGGACACAUUUUUGUCCUUGAUCAGGGCCUUGUGUGGCCGAAGCAUCACCUAUUCGUUUGGCACUUCUAAUAAUCACCUGUCUGAUGUAAGCAUUGUGCUGAACAGUCAGUUGUAUUGUAAAUUGUGAUCUAUAUUCAUAUAGAAAAAUCAUGUUUUAACUCCUUUUUUUUUUUUUUUCCAGCUAUUCAUAUUUUUAUUAGUAAUAUUUUAGUUCUGAUUUUAUCUGUUGCUUCCUCCUCAGGGAUCCACGUGUGCUUUCACAGAGCAAAUCCUUCGCAACUGUGGCUUGAAAACAGGAUUUUACAGGUAUUCUCUGAACUUUGGAACAUUUAAUAUUCAGCAGGAGAAAUUCCCAUUGUCACAGCUUGCCUCUGAUAUAACAGUCUGUUAUUUUGAUAAUGUGAUACUCAGAGUGUGUGUUGAAUAAAAUAUCCACAGCCUGAUAGAACAUUUAGAUUUUUCUGAUAUAGAUACGGUUUUCAGCACUCACAUCUUAUCAAUUCGAUCUCUCUUAGAGAUUACAAUGAGCAUCGAUAACUUCCAAAUUGUGCUGAUUAAAAAAGGGGCUGGCGCUAGCUCCUAACGGGAUCAGUCGCACGCUCACUGCUCUCCUGGCUUCGGAGCACUAAAAGCCGAUGAAGGCCUCAAAAAGAAACUCACAACCCGACAGCAGGUUGGAAAAAAACACCCAUGCUGAUGGGGAGAAAAAACAAAAAGCCACGACUAGAUCAGCCGCGGUUCUCGGCAGAUAUAGGAGACCUGUUGCGGAGACCACAUGGCGCGGCCGGUCCUAACAUGGCGGCUGACCUCGACUUCACUGACAGCUCGGAGGACAUCCCUUUACACAAUCCUGAAAACCAAGAAUAUAAAGGGCCUCCACAGCCAACCGCUGGCUCCUCUCACCCGGACACCAUGGAGAUACUCAACAAUCUCAUCACAGACCUCCGCCAGAUGCUCUCCGCUGAGAUUUCCCAGGUGAGGGAGGACAUCAGGGGGUUCACCGUUCGUCUCACAGCGGUGGAGCAGACCUCUUAAACCCACAGCACACAAGUCCUGGAAUUUAGGAAGCAGGUCACAGACCUGACUGCCGCCCACACUACUCUCAACCUUCAAAUAGCAGCCAUGGAAGACAAGAGGCGCUGGAAGCAUGUAAAAAUCAGGGGCCUAUCUGAAGAAAUAGCCCCAGCUGAGCUCCCUCACUUCAUUCACAGGCUGUUUGCCGCCCUCCUACCUCCCAGGCAAGCCAAAGGAAUACAACUUGACAGAAUGUUUUGCCUGCCCAAGCCAUCAGUGCCCACAAGCACAGCUACCAGUGACCUAUUGGUGAAAUUCCAGAAUGGACAAGAAAAGGCGGCCUUCAUGAAUGCCACAAAGGGAAAGAAUCCAUUCCGAUUCGAAGACAUGGACUUGUCCUUCUACACUGACCUCUCGCGUGCUACCCUGCUGUGGAGGAAAUCCCUCCGUCCGUUGACAGCAACACUAACAACCAACGGAGUAAAGUAUCGCUGGGGACUGACGCAAGUACUCAUCAUUCAACAUCAAGGCACUGAACACAAAGUGACAGACAUCACUGAAAGAGACACUGUCCUAGCAGCCUUCUGCCUCGUAGCCCCAUCUACCUCCACCGCCUGGGACCCAGCUAAAGUACUCCCAUUCAUCCCUGCUGCACGAUGAACACCUGGGAAGGAGACCACCUGACGCACCUGCUUAAAUGUUAUCUUAAUUUUCCAUAUGUUGGGUGUAGCCCUCAGUUGAAUGUUUACAAGUUGCAUGCAUGAGAGCAUAGCCUGGGAAUGCUAGCUCCCUUAUGAAUAACCACACACACCCAACUCGUCCCCUACUGUUCUCCAUCUACACUGUCUCACUUGGUAAACUCAUCAGCUCUUUUUGGCAUCCACUAUCAUUUCUGUGCAAAUGACACUCAAAUUUAUCCGUCCUCCCCUGACUUCUCACCACCAUUAUUUACUCGUGUCUCUGACUCUGCUAUUUUGACUUGAUGGCUGGCCAUUUACUUAAACUGAACCUGUCCAAAACAGAACUUAUCGUCUUCCCUCCCUCAAGUGUUGCUACUCCCUUGUCUGUGUCCCUCCAAGUCAAUGGCGCUACCAUUCACUCUACCUCUAAGGCUCGUUGCCUACGUGUUCUCUUUUACUCCCACCUCUCCUUCACCCCUCAUGUCCAAUCAAUUGCCAAAUCCUGCCACUUCCAUUGCAAAAACAUUGCGCGCAUCCUACCCCAUUUAACACCUGAUACGGCAAAGGUGCUUGUCCAUGCUGCUGUCCUCUCUCGUCUUGACUACUGUAAUCCGCUUCUCAAUGGUUCUUAUGUGUUCCCAACUUGCCCCGUUACAGUCUAUAAUAAAUGCGGGGGCGAGGCUCAUCUUCCGGUCUGCCUGCACCUCUCACGGCUCCCCCUUUGUCAGUCCCUCCAUUGGCUUCCCGUAAGAUAUAGGACUCAAUUUAAUAUCCUGACACUUGCUUACAAAUCUCUACAUAAUGCUGCUCUCACCUACUAAUCCUCACUAAUACACAAAUAUGUCCUGUCUAGGCCCCUACACUCUGCUGGAGACCUACGUCUAACCUCUGUUCGUACUCCUAGCUCUGAGGCUCACCUUUAAGAUUUCUCUAGGGCUUCACUGUUCCUAUGGAACGCCCUUCCCUUCUCUGUUAGACUCUCACCCAAUCUCCACUCCUUCAAGAAAUCUUUGAAAACUUACCUCUUUAGGAAAGCAUAUCAAUUAAACUGUGAACUAGGAAUCGACUGAUUAUCGGCCGAUAUUCGGUAUUUCCGGCAUUAUCGGUAUCGGCCAAUAUAGAUACCGAUAUUGUAGAGAAUAACUCCUAGGACCGCCGGGCCCAUCACAAGCCCAGCGGUCCUGGGGGAGGGCCCGCAGGAAGCUGCUACUUACCUUCCCAGCAGCUCCCUGUCUAAAACUCGCUAGACCCGCGGCCGCAGAGCGUUGCCACGGGUUACCAGGGCAACGCUUUGCGCGGCACGCAGACCGCAAGAUUUACACUGGGAAGGUAAGUAACAACUUCCUGCAGGCCCCCCCAGUACUUAACAAGCCACCGGACCACCAGGGAAUACUAUUAAAAAAAAAAAAAAGCCAUUUAAAUAUUUAAAAAAAAUUAUUAAAAUAAAAAAUGCCCCUCCCCCCAUUUUACACAAAUUACAUCUCUACACCAACACACACACACUGCGUUAUAUACACACACACGCUGCUUUAUAUAUACACACACACGCUGCUUUAUAUAUACACACACACGCUGCUUUAUAUAUACACACACACGCUGCGUUAUAUACACACACACACGCUGCUUUAUAUAUAUACACACACACGCUGCUUUAUAUAUAUACACACACACGCUGCUUUAUAUACACACACACACGCUGCAUUCACUAUAUAUACAGGGAGUGCAGAAUUAUUAGGCAAGUUGUAUUUUUGAGGAUUAAUUUUAUUAUUGAACAACAACCAUGUUCUCAAUGAACCCAAAAAACUCAUUAAUAUCAAAGCUGAAUAUUUUUGGAAGUAGUUUUUAGUUUGUUUUUAGUUAUAGCUAUGUUAGGGGGAUAUCUGUGUGUGCAGGUGACUAUUACUGUGCAUAAUUAUUAGGCAACUUAACAAAUAACAAAUAUAUACCCAUUUCAAUUAUUUAUUAUUACCAGUGAAACCAAUAUAACAUCUCAACAUUCACAAAUAUACAUUUCUGACAUUCAAAAACAAAACAAAAACAAAUCAGUGACCAAUAUAGCCACCUUUCUUUGCAAGGACACUCAAAAGCCUGCCAUCCAUGGAUUCUGUCGGUGUUUUGAUCUGUUCACCAUCAACAUUGCGUGCAGCAGCAACCACAACCUCCCAGACACUGUUCAGAGAGGUGUACUGUUUUCCCUCCUUGUAAAUCUCACAUUUGAUGAUGGACCACAGGUUCUCAAUGGGGUUCAGAUCAGGUGAACAAGGAGGCCAUGUCAUUAGAUUUUCUUCUUUUAUACCCUUUCUUGCCAGCCACGCUGUGGAGUACUUGGACGCGUGUGAUGGAGCAUUGUCCUGCAUGAAAAUCAUGUUUUUCUUGAAGGAUGCAGACUUCUUCCUGUACCACUGCUUGAAGAAGGUGUCUUCCAGGAACUGGCAGUAGGACUGGGAGUUGAGCUUGACUCCAUCCUCAACCCGAAAAGGCCCCACAAGCUCAUCUUUGAUGAUACCAGCCCAAACCAGUACUCCACCUCCACCUUGCUGGCGUCUGAGUCGGACUGGAGCUCUCUGCCCUUUACCAAUCCAGCCACGGGCCCAUCCAUCUGGCCCAUCAAGACUCACUCUCAUUUCAUCAGUCCAUAAAACCUUAGAAAAGUCAGUCUUGAGAUAUUUCUUGGCCCAGUCUUGACGUUUCAGCUUGUGUGUCUUGUUCAGUGGUGGUCGUCUUUCAGCCUUUCUUACCUUGGCCAUGUCUCUGAGUAUUGCACAUCUUGUGCUUUUGGGCACUCCAGUGAUGUUGCAGCUCUGAAAUAUGGCCAAACUGGUGGCAAGUGGCAUCGUGGCAGCUGCACGCUUGACUUUUCUCAGUUCAUGGGCAGUUAUUUUGCGCCUUGGUUUUUCCACACGCUUCUUGCGACCCUGUUGACUAUUUUGAAUGAAACUCUUGAUUGUUCGAUGAUCACGCUUCAGAAGCUUUGCAAUUUUAAGAGUGCUGCAUCCCUCUGCAAGAUAUCUCACUAUUUUUGACUUUUCUGAGCCUGUCAAGUCUUUCUUUUGACCCAUUUUGCCAAAGGAAAGGAAGCUGCCUAAUAAUUAUGCACACCUGAUAUAGGGUGUUGAUGUCAUUAGACCACACCCCUUCUCAUUACAGAGAUGCACAUCACCUAAUAUGCUUAAUUGGUAGUAGGCUUUCGAGCCUAUACAGCUUGGAGUAAGACAACAUGCAUAAAGAGGAUGAUGUGGUCAAAAUACUCAUUUGCCUAAUAAUUCUGCACUCCCUGUACACACUUCAUCCACUAUAUGUGGCAUGUAUAUUUUAUGCAUUUACCUUUAGAAUUCGUUUAUUUUUUCAAAAUGGUAAAUGUACAGAAUAUCGGCAAGUUAUCAGCUAUCUGCCUGAAAGUUCACAGAUUAUCGGUAUCGGCUCUAAAAAAUAAAUAUCGGUCGAUCCCUACUGUGAACAACUUUCCCUCCCUGCACCCUGAUUCCUCUCCUGAAACUGUCAUCAAAACAAAACCAUAAGCCCUCAGUGAAUACUAUCCUAGCAACCUACUUUUCUACCCUACCCUUACCUUUUGUGUCGCUAUACCCCACUCCCUCUAGCAUGUAAGCUUAUUGAGCAGGGCCCUCAAUCCUUCUGUUCCUGUGUCCAAUUCGUCUGGUUACAAAUUCGUGUCUGUCAAUCCACCCAUUGUACAGCGCUGUGUAACUUGUUGGUGCUUUAUAAAUAAUAAUACUCUUGACUUACCUACUUUAUGUGAAAACAUUAAACACAAAAUAAAGAUUGUUAAAAAAAAAAUAAAUAAAAAAAAAUAUGGUGGCAAAUUGCUAAAUAUUGUUUACAUGCAUUUAGGAAGUGAAUGGGUGGAAAAACUCCAUAACAUUCUCAUAAUCUCACAGAAUUCCUUUACACAUUUGAUUGUCUAUUCCAGUGUUUCCCAAACCAGUCCUCAAGGCCAAUUUACAGUCCAGGUUUUGUCAGUAUCUCCAUUGGAGUAAAACAAAGAUACAAUAAUAAAAUAAAAAAUACAUAAAUCCUGGAUUCUUGGUGGUCUGUAAGGACUGGUUUGGGAACCACUGGUCUACUAUAUGUACUUGUUCUACCAUGACAUAUUUUAUUUAAAGUCACUGUCACUCUUUUUUUUUUUUUUUUAAAUGUUACAACACUGCCAACUAAGCCAUUUAAAAAAAAAAAAAAAAAAAUUAAAACAUUUCUAAACAACUUGUAUUAGCAUUGUAUGCUUGGCUGUUACAUGUACAUCCAGUGGAUUGUGGAAGGAAUGUCUGAGCAUGCAGAUUUCUUUUUUCCCCCUUAUGUGGGUUUUAUUUACUAAACUGGGAAUUGUGGUUAAUUAACAAAGAAAAUUUCUUGUUUUAGAUGUAAAUAGCAGAUCUGGGAAAAUAGAAUUAGAAUGUUUGGUUUUCCAACUCUAUUGCUUUGUCUUAGUUUCCUACUCUAUUGUCAGAAAUUCUAGGUGGUAAAAAAAUGAUUUGGAGUAAAUUGCUCUGUGCUUAAAGGGACACUCUAGGCACCCAGACCACUGGAGUGGUCUGGGUGCCAACUCCCACGACCCUUAACCCUGCAAGUGUAAUUAUUCCAGUUUUCAUAAACUUCAAUAUUUACCUUGCAGGGUUAAGUCCUCCUCUAGUGUCUGUCUAUCAGACAGCCACUAGAGGGACUUCCAUGUUCUUAGAACACGAAAAGUGUGUUAUACGACGCUGGACGUCCUCACGCUAUGUGAGGACCUCCAGCGUCCCCGAAAUCCCCAUAGGAAAGCAUUGAAUAAUACUUUGCUAUGGGGAGGUCUAAUGCGUGUGUGCGGCCAUUGCCGCGCAUUCGCAGUAGGACUCCCCCGCUGACUGACGGCGGGGGAGGAGAGUAGGCGGAGCCUGACCUGUGCCGAGGGACAUCUGUCCUGGACUCCGGUAAGUCACUGAAGGAGUUUUAACCCCUUCAGCAACUUGGGAUGUGGGGUGGGAGGGAGAGGGGCACUACAGGGUCCUGCAGUGCCAGGAAAACUAAUGUUUUCCUGGCACCGGAGAAUUAAUUUAAUGAUUUUGAAGAGGUUCCAGAGGUUAUAAAGUUUAAUUUCAGUUGUCUCAAGAGCAGAACAUUUGCUGUCUGUAUUCAUGUCAUUAUCUUUUACCCAUAGCUCCCCACAUCUGGUACAGGUGAGAGAGCGAAUUCGGAUUAAUGGGCAGCCAAUCAGCAAGGAACUGUUCAGCAAAUACUUCUGGCAGGUGUACAACCGUCUGGAAGAAACCAAGGUGAAUGGCACAGGGGAGAUGAUGUACGGGGAGGGUUAGUGCCUGUAUUUGUAAAUAAAUGACUUCUGUCUAUUAAUAACCGCGUGUCAAUAUUCUGUAAUAACAGCAGCUGUCUUGCUUUCUCACAAUUAACACCGGUGAGAGAAUUCCCAUAUGUUUGGGCUCGUUGGAGGUUGCUAGUAAUCUCUCAAUUGAUAAAGCACCUUUCUGUAAAAAUCACUAAUAUUUUUAUGUAACCGCUUCCAUUUCUUGGAAGAUCAUAUAUCUUUUAAUUACAUUUUCUGAAAAGAAUUUCCAUAUUGUUAAUCUAGGUGUUUAAUCAGUAAACUGCAAAUUGUAGAGAAUUAAAAAUACAAUUGUAAAAUGUAGUCUAAAGUGGCCAAGCUGUAGAAUUUUCUUUGACUUUGAAGUGGUCUGUGUGCAGUACUCCUGGUGUGUUAAACAUUGCUGUUUAGGAUUAAACCUCUCUCUAAUGGCUGUCUCCUUGAUAGCCACUAGAUCGUGCUUGCACAGUAAGAACUGAGUCUGACUCUGUUCUUUCUUGACUGGUAGAAGCAUUUGAUUAGAGCAUGGGUCGUCAACCUGGUCCCUACCGCCCACUAGUGGGCGUUUCAGGAUUCCAGGUGAGCGGUAGAGAUUUCAGAGAUUGGGUGGGCGGGAGGGCGAGUGCGAGCCGGCGGUACCCCUGUGGCCGGGUACCGCCGUCACCAUUUGCGGCCCCAGCCCACGUGGCAAACCGCCGGGGCCGCCGUCCAAGGGGUCCAUCGGGUGGCCCAUGCUGUCAGCGCGACCGGGCCCCCUGUUAUUACAUCACACGCUGGGAGGAAGUGACUGCGCGUCACUCCUCCCAGCUAACAAACAGAUCGCGCGGGAGGAAGACCAGGGAGUCAGAGUAGAAACUCUGAGUCCCAUGCACCUGAGCCACCACUGGACCCCAGGGAAAGUCACCCUCCUGCACCUAAAAGGUAGGAAACAGGAGGGUGACUAAAAUAUUUUGUGUGUGUUUGUGUGUUUGUGUGUCUAUCUGUAUAUAUAUGUGUGUAUGUAUGUGUUGUGUCUAUGUAUGUCUUAUGUGUGUGUCUUUGUAUGUGUAUGUAUGUGUGUGUGUGUGCGUGUGUUUGUAUGUGUGCCUGUCUGUUUUUCUGUAUGUAUGUGUCUUUCUAUGUGUGUGUGUGUGUGUGUGUAUGUAUGUAUGUAUGUAUGUAUGUAUGUAUGUAUGUAUGUAUGUGUGCCUGUCUGUUAUAGUGGACUAUAGUAAGUGGGCUACCUAGCUAAGCCUUCCUACUGGGCAUUGCUAUAAGGAAGGUUAAAAAAUAGAAAAAAGGGAUAAAAAAGGUGGGGAGGGGAAUUGAGGAGAUGAGAUGAGCUGACGCACAGAUGAGAAAUCAUAUUAUGCGCAAACAGAGAAGUCGUCUGAAUAUCACCGAAAGAGGAGACCUUUGUUUGUUCCUUACGAAAAUCGAACCAGAUAUCAAAUAUUUAGUUUUGCAGCAUCAACCUCAAGGAUCUCAUUAAUCACUAGUAAAGGUAAUUUCAAUUUACUUUGUUUUCUCAUUAAACUUUAUAAAGUUAAAAACAUAAACAUGCAUUAAGUAGAAAUAAAAAGAUAAAUGUACGUACAUUUUUUUUUUUUAAAACAGCCUCCUUUCUAAAAAAAAUAUUCCGCACUUGCGCGGAAACUGGUGGGUGGUAAGGAAACUGCCACUAGAGGGCACUUCCGUGUCCCUAGCACAGGAGAACCUCCAGCGUCGCUCAUUUCCCCAUAGGAAAGCAUUUUCAAUGCUUUCCUAUGGGGAGCUCUAAUGUGCAUGCACGGCAUUACCGCGCAUGCGCAUUAGGUCUCCCCGGCCGGUGGGCGGGAUCAGUCUCGCCCACCGGCUGACACAAUCACAGGGAAGAGCGGCGGCGGAGGAAGAAGGGUGGGUGGGAGGGAGAGGGGACCUGCUGUGAGAGGAAAAUUGAUUAUUUUUCCUGGCACUGGAGUUUCCCUUUAACCAAAGUGUGUUUUUUUUUUUUUUUUUUUUUAAAGAAACUGCACUAAUUACCUUUGUGUCUACCGGACUGUUAGGUGACUUUUAGUCACCUAAUCGGUGAUGGACGUCCUCACACUAUGCAUGAGGACUUCCAGCGUCACCCGAUUCUCCAUAGGAAAGCAUUGUAUAAUGCUUUCAUGUGAAGAAAUCUUAAUGUGAGCGAGGCUAUUUCCGCACAUGCGCAUUAGAUCUCCCCCCGGGUGACGUUGGCCGAGGAGUAGCGAAGGUGGACCCAAGCCACUGCCGAGGGACAUCAACGCUGGAUCUAGGUAAGUGACAGAAGGGUUUUUUAACACUUUCUGCACCAAGGGGAACGAGGGAGGGGGGAGCUAUAGUGUCAUGAAAACAAGUUUGUUUUCCUGUCACUAUAGUUUCCCUUUAAGUCCAGAAUGCUUCUAGAAGAAGAAUUUGAUUGGACAAAAUGGUCAUCAAGCCUGUUAACAUCAGCGUGGGAAAAAGAGGCUGUUUUGGUGCUUAAAUGGAAACUAUAGUGUAAGAUAAGAAAAAUUGUUUUCCUAACACUAAAGUGCCCACUCCCUCAUGGGGAUUCUUUGUUAUGGAUUUCUGGGUGACACUGGAUGUCCUCAUCCCGAAUGUGAGGAAGUCCAGCGUCAGUUAGGCAACCAAAAGUCACCUAACUAUUUGAAGGUCCCUCUAGUGGCUGUCUGGCAGACAGCCACUAGAGUUGGAAUUAACCCUGCAAGGUAAUUAUUGCAGUUUAUUAAAAACUGCAAUAAUUACCAGUGCAGGAUUAAACGGACAGGGACGCUGCACCCAGUCCCCUUCAAUGAGCUUUAAGUGGUCUGGGUGCCUAUAGUGUCACUUUUAAUUGCAAGUACGUAAAGGGGUAAUUUAAAAUUUGUUUUAUUUUAAUAAUUUAUUUUGUCAUUUUUGUAUCUUUUUUUAUUAAACAACCCAACUAACACUAUAGAUUAACAAUAAAAAAAUUGCAUCCCCACCACCAGGGUUCCUUUUAACUGUAAGAUGUGAGAAGGUUUCAAAGAUAUCUUGUCUGUCCAAUGCUGCAAUGGCAUAAGCUAUUUACGGUUGAUAAAGAGGCACUUUAUUUUAGUUUCACAUGGUUAUUUACGAAACACUGAAUUGUAAGCAGUUGACCUGGGGGAUUUUUGGUCAACAAUAGCAGAGGGCGGAGGAAUAGUUGGGGAAUUCUUACUGUUCUAAAACGUGCAAUUAUCUUGUCAAUUCCGAAUUUUUUUUUUUAGAUUUACGGGGUUUGUCUCUGAAGUGUGAAUUUCAUAUUUUGGGCCAAAAGCCAAACGUGAAGAAUUCUUCAAACCAGUUCUACUAUUUUGGAGUAAAAUUUCAAAUUCACUUGGGCCUAACACUUUUGUAAAUAACCCUAUGCAUGUGUUAAUACUUUAUUGUUUCUGUUAGAUGUAUUGUAAUUACUAAUCUAGAGAUUCUGAUGUCCUGCUGAUAUACACCUCUCUGUUAGGAACACGAGGACAGCCCCAUGCCGGCAUAUUUCCGUUUCCUUACCAUCAUGGCUUUCCAUGUAUUCCUCCAAGAAAAGGUAAGUUUAUAUGACAUAGUGCCCCCUUAUGAUGCUCUGCCUGGGCUAUCCUACAUCUUUCCAUUUUUCUUGUAGGUUGACCUAGCUGUGCUGGAAGUUGGUAUUGGUGGAGCAUUUGACUGCACGAACAUUAUCAGGUCAGUAAUACUUUUUACAAUGCACCGAAGAGGCCACACCACCUUUUCAAAGAUGAUGAUGGUUUAUGUUAAAGAAGGAAAUGCCUUUUUAGGAAGUGUCUUAAGAAUUUGGCUAUUGAUAUUUAGUUACUUUAUCUAUCAUAUUUCGGCUACCGUUUGUGCUGCUGAAUUAUUUUGAGAGAUUUGGCAGAUUCUAACAGCUUAAUGAACGGCACCCAAACGGCCAAUCUGAUCAUGAAUACUCUUUGUUUGGUCAAAUUUCCGUAAAGAACCGCUAUAAGCACCAAGACCAUUUCAUCUUUAUGAAGUGUCCUCAGUGCUGUGAUCCUGUCGUCUGAUUCCACUACAUCUCCAGUGCUCGUCUCCCUGACAGUCCCUAGAUGGUGCACCCACAUCAGAGUCAGACUUGGCUCUUUAAGUUUGUCAUCUCCAUGCAUGCUUCCUCUGCACAAUGGCCUUGGCUCUGCUGCUCCUCAUAGAGAAGUAUUGAAUCCAAUGCCUCUCUAUUAGAAGCAUUUGAUUGGCUUAACACAGCACUUGCAGCGCAUGCUGUCUUCGGCCACAAUGCUUUUCAAUAGGAAGCAUUUGAUUGGGCAACAAGUUGUCACGCUAAUGUCGAGUAAAGGGGCAGAUCUGUCAUUACGGUCAUAGUACUGAGGGAAAAAAAGGUAAGUAAAACAUUAUUAGCGUUACAGAUUUUUUUUUUUUUUAAUUCUUUAUUUUAUUUGUGCAUAGCUUGAACAAUCAUGCUUGUACCGCCACAAUAGCAGGUGCAAGCAGGUUUGAAAACAUACAUUAACAUAGGUAUGGCAUUGAAAUACAUAGCACAGUUUUUUUUUUUUAUAUUCAAGAUAGGAGACAUGUUAAAGGUUAAACCAUGGAUAACACACACGCUUUUGCAGGCUAGUCUCGCUUAGCAGUUAGGUAACUUAUAUUGAAUCUGCGCUUCGCUGCCUGAUAGCAGGCUUGAGAGAUGGAACAAAGGCAAAAACUUAAAGCAUAGUUAUACAAUACUGUGACGUAGGAUUAAACUGCGCACAUUUUUAAAUUGUUAGAGUAAUGAUGAGUAAGUCUGGUUAGUAAAUGCGAGUAACAAUAGCAAGAUGUGUGUUUACGAGAAAUAAAUUGACAUGACUGUCAUAAAUUAUUAACCUGCUGAAUUUCUAAACAUUAUGAUAAGCAAAAUUAACUUUCUUUCAAAAGACACGAGUAGAAGAGGUGCAAUGAAACGUUAUGCCUAGCUAGAAACAUAGCUAUUGUGAUCAUGCUUAAUAAACAGUUGUAGGUUAGAAAGGUACGUACGCUAAACUAACUUAUGUAUCAGAAUAGUGAGGCUAUACAUAGAAAAGCUUAGCUUAUAGUCACUAUCGAUAUCCCCCCUGCGGUUCCCAGCAUAAACUAAAGGGCUAUUGAAUUGCAUGCAUACAGGUAUAAGAGUUCAACCUCGGGUGUUAAGAGGUGAGGAGUAUUGGGCACUGUGCCUGACAUUGAGUCCCAGUCUUGUAUGGGUCAGCCGAUGCCUUGUUGGGGCUGGGUGUGCUCCCCCUGCGCCGGUAGUUGCAGCGAUGUUGCGUGCCGCAUUCCCUGUGGUCCAGCAGUGUAGGAGAAGAGAGUCUCAGUGAGGGCAGAGGACCUAGUCGGUAUGUAUAAUGUGGCUCCAGUUGUGGUUCCCACAUGGCUGUAGCUGUGGCUGUAGAUUUGUGCUGCUGUUGCCGCCAUUUUAGGCCUCUUGGUCUGCCACUUGCAUGUGUGGAUGAGUUGGCCAUUGCUCCUCUUAGGCUGGGUCAUUGUCGGGGAGCAAGGCGGUGUUCUGCGCUGUGCUUUGGGGGUCCCCUUAAGAUGCUUUGCCUGUGCCUGGUCGCGUUCCCUCUUGGUGUGACUCUGUUCACCCGACAUCGGGUUGGUCGUUUUCAGGCGCCUGUGGGGCCCAGCAAGGGAACUUACGGCGUGUGCCGGGACAUUCUCUGGGGCCUCUCGUAGUGGGCCGUGUGGCGUAGCUUCAGGCUGGGUCCCCGGUUCCGGGGGCCACUCAAGCUGUUCCAGCCUCUCCCAGAAGGCGUCAAAAAUGCAGGUGAGUCUGAGCUCCGUUUCUCUCUCGGCCUUGCAGAGGGUUGAGGUGUGCGUGUCGUUCUCCAUUUUGUCAGCCACACCAGCGACCUCCAGUCCGCCCGAUCUGUUCAACCGCUUAUCACCUGCUGAGGUGACCGUGAGGGGGUGGACCGGGAUAACCCCCACUGGUCCAGGGGGGGGGAGAACAAGGGCCCGGAGUCCUACAUCUGGCUGGUUCAGGCAGCAGGGAAGCGGCCGUCCUCCCUGUGCCCGCCAUGCUGGUAGGCCUCGCUGUGAGUUUGGGUACGCCUGUAUAACAUCGUCGCUUGAGUGGUGUCUGUGUGUGCGCCCCGGUAUCACCCGUCGCUUGGUGGCCAUUAAACUGCAAUUUAGUGCCUUUCAAGCGGCUAGAAUCCAUUGUUUUAGCCCCAAGCAGCGGGAGCUGGUGAGGCAUGCUUCCUCUCUGCUCAGCGGUCAGGCCCCGCCCCUCAGCGUUACAGAUUUUAAGGAAAGGGGGCAGGGUAUCACAGGUCACUACAUUGGCAGGGUCCUUAUUGUCCUAAAAACAAAAUUAUAGAUUUUUGCCACUAUAGUUUUCCUUUAAUAAAGACCAAAAAACUGCACCCAUAAUCUUGGGGUCCUCUAAUUGUAAGCUACCCUAAUGCGACCACCAACUUAAUUCCUUGCCCUUUACCUGCCAAACAUCCCACUCUUACCCGAAUAGCAUUAUUAUUGGGAAAUGUGGCUGCUGUUUUGAUAACAAUAGGGUGGAGAUAGAUUGGACAUAUUUUCACUUAUAUUGCGUCUUUCUUCCUAAAAAAAGGGACCGUUGUGAGCGUGCAAUUCAACAAGUUGUUUAUUUUUUUGUUAUUUAUAGAAUAAUAGACUCAUUAAUACAUAUACUCAAGAAUAAAUUCUAUAGACUAAGUUUCACAGUUCAAUGAAUGCCAAAAUGUUAAAAUAUUUAAAUCCGGUCAACAAAUCGAGAAAACAAGCGAUAGGGUGACUGAAAAAAACUUUAUCAGCGGAAUAGAAAUAACAUAAUUUAUCCUUUUAGAUUUGUUACUUGGCCCAUAAACCCCUAUUUAUCUUAAAAAGCAUGUAUCCAUUUAGUUCUCUCAAGAAAAAAUAUAUUUUAUUCGCUUCAUGACUCAAUUAGUUCCAGUCUUUGAACAUUACAGCAGCAUGUCUCCUUAUUGAGCUGUCGGGUGUGCUGUAACUUUAUCUAAUUUACGGUGAAAUUCUCUAAUUUUCUCUUUGGGUGGAGAUAGAUUGCACAUACAUUUCACUUAUAUUGUAUGUUUUUGUUUUUUUUCCCAAAAAGUGGACCGUUGUGAGCAUGCAUAUUAACCCAGGCCACUCAAUUUGCUAUGGACUUUAAAAUGCAUUGUCAUAUUCUUUGUCCACCCUUUCCAUAUGAGGGA